AUGGCGACAGCUAGAAUGCAUGCGAUUCAUCCAAAUGGUUCUAGUGUCCCGUGUCGUGUAUUGUUAGAUAGUGCAUGCGAGGCACACCUUAUUACGCGCGCGGCGUGCAAUCGAAUCGGCGUCAAACGAAAUCCCGCCACAGCAGUUGUUACAGGGAUAAAUGAAAGCGAAACACCGAUACAACAAGUAUGCGAUAUCGUUUUACAAUCGAGCCAUUCUAAUUUUCGCAUCAAUGUACAUUGUCUUAUCGUUCCAAGGAUAACGAAAGACUUGCCAUCUGUUGAAAUACCUCGCGAAGCGUUGCAAGUUCCGUCGAAUUUAAUGUUAGCAGAUCGCGAAUUUGAUAAACCCGGUACUGUUGACAUCUUGCUAGGAGCCGAAUACUUUUACGAAUUGUUAGAAACGGGAAAAAUAGAGCUUGGCGUUGAUCGCCCGGUCGUACAGAACACGAAGCUUGGGUGGAUCGUUGCCGGACCUCUUGCAUUAUCAGCGAAUUCGUUUGCCACAGUCACCAAUAAUGUCGCGUCGCUUUGCUGUUUCGCACAACAGUGCGAAUCUCUCAAUAAAUCUCUCGAACGAUUUUGGGCAGUUGAACAAGGCGGUCCGGAAACGGCCACAAUCCGGUCCGAAACUGAGCGACGAUGCGAAGAAUUAUUCGAUAAAACUACUAAGCGCGAUGAUAACGGUCGAUUCAUAGUCCGUCUGCCGAUUGUCGAAGGCACGGAACCGUUAGGCGAGUCAAGGGAUAUCGCCGAGAAGCGAUUGAAACAAAUGGAACGUAGAUUCAGGAAUAACGUUUCAUUACACGAACAGUAUGCAAAUUUCAUGCGCGAAUAUGAAGAGUUAGGUCAUAUGUCGCAAGUUGUCGAUGAAGAACACAAGGUUAAUUCGUCAAUAGUAUAUUUGCCUCAUCACGGCGUUGUGAAAGAGGAUAGCACUACAACCAGAUUGCGCGUAGUUUUCGAUGCGUCGAGCAAGACAAGCUCCGGUAAAUCACUCAAUGAUAUACUGAUGGUCGGUCCGACUAUUCAGAAAUGUUUAUUCGAAAUAAUGAUUCGUUUUCGUAUGCACAAGAUUGCGUUGACCGGAGAUAUAAGACAAAUGUAUCGUCAGAUAGUCGUCGAGCCACAAGACCGCGAUUAUCAAAGAAUUUUGUGGAGACGUUCUCCAGACGAGCCGAUUAAAGAGUAUAAGUUAAAUACCGUCACAUAUGGAGAAGCGAGCUCAUCUUACUUAGCGACUAAAUGUAUAUAUAGACUUGCGGAGUUGGGGGAAUGCGAGUACCCUGACGCUUCUAGAAUUUUACGCGACGAAAUAUAUGUAGAUGACAUCAUGACCGGUGCCGAGGAUGUCAGUAGCGCGAUUGUAUUGCAAAGGGAAAUCACGGAGUUGUUAAAAUCCGGAGGUUUUCAAGCUCAUAAGUGGUGCUCGAAUGCCACAGAAGUUCUAGCCCGAGUUUCUCAGGAUAACAACGAGACCAUUACGACACUUAGCAUCGAUAACAAGGACACAGUCAAGGCUCUCGGUUUAGAAUGGAAUCCAAGGGAAGAUACUUUCCAGUUUGCAAUGCGCGAACUCAAAGCGGUGAACACCAAGCGACAAAUGUUCUCUGCAAUCAGCAAGUUUUUCGAUCCGCUAGGAUUGGUAGGACCAAUCAUUACUCGAGCUAAAUUAUUCAUGCAAGAGACGUGGAAGAUAGAUUGUAACUGGGACGACCAGCUUCCCGACGAAUUGCUUCGCAGAUGGAAGAAGUUCAGCGACGAGUUGAUGGCUAUAGGAAGAUUACGAGUUCCACGAUGCGUCGUCGCUUGUGAUGAUGCACGACGAUUGAUCCUGCAUGGAUUUUGCGAUGCGUCCGAGCUCGCCUAUGGCGCCUGCAUAUAUAUGCAAGUUGAGAACUCUCAAGGAGAAUUCAGUUCGAGAGUGUUGUGCUCAAAAUCACGCAUAGCCCCGAUUAAAACAGUAUCAUUGCCUCGCUUAGAAUUGUGCGGCGCCGUCUUGUUGGCGCGAUUACUUGUCGUCGUUCGCACAGCUAUUCAAGUACCGAUUGAAAACGUACGAGCAUGGUCCGACUCUGAAAUCGUUCUGUAUUGGAUCAAGGGUGACCCAUCUCGUUGGAAACCGUUUGUAUGUAACAGGGUGUCCGAAAUCAUCGAAACCCUGCCAGCAAAACAUUGGAGUCACGUAAGCGGUAAGGAAAAUCCGGCUGAUGUGAUAUCCCGUGGCGCCAGUCCACGUCAACUCGAAAAUCUAGAAUUAUGGUGGGCGGGACCGCCAUGGCUGCUCACAGGAGAAAUAAGCUCCGACGACGAUUGCGGAGUGAAGCUACCAAUGGAGAAUCACGAGUCGAUUAUGAUGGAAAGGCGUAAGGCAAAACAAGCAUGCCAGAUCAUUGUUCAAGGACAACCAUGUAUUCAAAUGCUAUUAGAGAAUAUUUCUUCUCUAACUAAAAUCGAACGCGUACUCGCAUAUUGCAAGCGAUUUGCGUCAAACGCUCGAAAGAAAGCCUCCGAGCGAGCGGUAGGUCAAUUAUCAAUUACCGAGGUACGAAUGGCACACCGUAGCAUCAUCCAUCACGUACAGUCUAAAUAUUUUCACGAUUCGAUUUCCACAUUGAAGGCCAAUCAGUUUUUGAAAACAACAGACAAGCUUGCAGCAUUAGCUCCCUUUCUUGACGAACACGACAUACUCCGAGUGGGAGGUCGCUCGCAACGUACCAAUUGGAGUUUUGAGCGAAAACAUCCAAUACUAUUGCCGUCGAAUGACAGAUAA